UUUGUGCGCUGCCUAUUUAGUCCGAGCUCCGAACAGUUUCUGAUUAUUAUUGUGUUUGAAACCGACGGGGAAGUGCCUGAUCCUCCGAAACCCGCUCCCAAGAAGGGCGCCAAGAAAGCUCCGUCCAAACCGGCGAGCAAGUUUGGCAAGAAGCGCAAGAGGUCGAGGAAGGACAGUUACAAAGUGAUGAAGCAGGUUCUCCCCGACACCGGCAUCUCCUCCAAGGCCAUGAGCAUCAUGAAAUCAUUCGUGAACGAUAUCUUCGAGCUCAUCGCGGGUGAGGCUUAUCGCCUGGCCGACUACAACAAGCGGUCCACCAUCAGCUCCCGGGAGACCCAGACCGCCGUGCGCCUGCUGCUGCCCGGGGAGCUGGCCAAGCACGCCGUUUCCGAAGGGACAAUGGCGGUGACCAAGUACACCAGCUCCAACUGAAGACAAGUUUACUGACAAAACAAACGGGAAAAUCAAAGAAUCUUUUAAGAGCCACUCACGGUUUCAUUAAAAGAAUAUUGCGACAUGGACUUGAGACAGCUGCACCAUAGACCCUGAAAGUGACAUCAGGAAUAUCUUCUCCGCAAGUUACAGUGAGCAUCUGGGUUAAAACUGAUCAACAGCACAAGGUCAGAAACAUAGUGUCACUACCAAAAGUUCCAGCCAAUAGAAGUUCAACACUGUAUAAUGUGUGUUAAAGAAAUGUGAAAUAGUGCAACACUUGUAAUAAUAAUUAACAAUCAAUGAAACAUACAUACAAUGUGUUCUUCAUUAGCAUUUAUUGUAAGACUGGAAGUGGUUACUACUGAUAUUGGCAACAUUUAUUCACCAUACCUAAUAUCUGUGCUCUUGAGAUUGUCCCCAUUAAACACAAAAUUAUUAUAAAUAAUUAAUUUUAGACAUACUUAUUUAAGACCAUAUGACAUAAGAGCAGAAUGAGAUAAUCGGGCCCAUUGAAUCAGCUCUGCCAUUCAAUCACUGAUGAUCCUUUGUUUUAUCUCCUCCUCAACCCCAUGAGAAAGUAAGGAUACAUGGGAUCCAAGGAGACAUUGCUUUGUGGAUCCUGAACUGACUUAGCCCAAGAAGGCAAAAUGUGCUUGGAGACGGGUCAUAUUCUGCAUGGAGGCCAGAGUCCAGUGUUGUGCCUCAGGGAUCUAUUCUGGGACUCCAACUCUUCGUGAUUUUUAUAAAUGACUGAGACGAGGUAAUUUAAUGAGAUGAGGCAUUAAUAAGAUGCAAAACUGGGCUGAGAAAUGGUAGAUGAAGUUCAACCCAGAUAAGUGUGGCCUGGUUCAUUUUGGUAGGUCAAAUAUGAUGGCAGAAUGUAGAGUUAAUGCCUAGACUCUUGGCAGUGAGGAGGAUCAGAGGGAUCUUGGGGUCCCAGGCCCAAAUUUUCUUUAAAUAACUAUUUAUGGUUCUUAGUAAUUGUUCCAUCCAAAUAAGUAAGUUUAUUUCUUACAAUUUUAAAAGGAAGGUUAGUAUUAAUUGAUACUAAAUGAUUCAAUAGAAAAAGUUCACUCUUAUCCUGAAUACUGACUAUAACAGGAGACAAAAGAAUGUACGAUAGCUAAUAAAGUCUCAACAUUAGGAAUAUAAAGCAAAAGGUCAUCGGCAUAAUGCAAAAUUUCUAAGGUAAGGACAUGUUCGGCACAGCUUUGUAGGCUGGAGGGCCUGUAUUGUGCAGUAGUUCCGUGUUUCUAUGUUUCUAUCAUAUCUGUUUCCUCAACAUUUCAUGUCCCUCCACCAAUAUUCCUAAUAUCUGCAAACCUGGCAGGAAAACCAUCUAUUCCUUCAUCUAAGUCAUUAUAUACAGCAUAAAAAUAAGUGGCCCCAUAGGAACCCUGCGGAUCACCACUAGCCACUGGCAGCCAACCAGAACAGGAUCCAUUUAUUCCCACUCGCUGCCUCCUACCAAUCAGCCAAUGUACUACCCAUGUUAGUAACAUUCUUGUAAUAUCAUGGGCUCUUAAUUAAAUACGCAGCCUUCUGUGUGGCACUUGUGUCAAAGGACUUCUUAACGCCCAGAUAUACAAAAUACACUGCAUCCCCUUUAUCUAUCCUACUGGCAUUCUCAUCAAAUUAUCGCAAAAGGUACAUAUUUUUAGCCAGAUGGUGGUGGAAUUAUGGAAUUCGUUGCCACAUACAGUGUGGAGGCCCAAUCAUUGAAGGUGCUUAAGGAGGAGAUUGAUAGGUAUCUAAUUAGUCAGUGUAUCAAGGGAUAUGGGGAAAAAGUCGGAAAUUGGAUCUAGAUGGGAGAAUAGUUCAGCUCAUGGUGGAGUGGCAGAGCAGACUCAAUGGGUCGAAUGGCCUCCUUCUGCACCUUUACCUUGCUUGAAAUGUAAUAUGAAUUAUUAAUAGAGUAAACGAAUAGACUAUAACAGAGACAGUACUUAGCUCAUGACGAAUUAAUGUUGUCACAAAUAAAGUGACUAUGAAUCACUGAUUAUUUCUGCUUGGCAUAAUUUAUAAUUAUUUAAUUAUUUCUAGUUAAAUAUUGCUAUAUUUCUACACAAUUCCUGCUUAGUGUGAAUGUAACGAGAGCCAAUUUCCUUCGGGAUCAAUAAAGUAUGUCGUUCAGUCUGUCUGUCUGACUGAAGUUUCUGGCAGACUGAAUUCCUUCCGAUGGAUCAUUGCUGGGAGUGCUCGUUCCUUUUGGCCAGCUCGCCAUCUACAACACAAGUUCAGAAAUAUUCAUUUGUUACUGAAAGCAUAGUACCUUAAAACCUGGAAUACAACAAAUGAUUAAUAUUGAAUAGGAUAAAAAAAAACCUGACACAUAAAGGUUUGGAACAAGAGGAAGUGGAUUAUGAUGAAUGUUAAAUUGUGCCAAUGCUUGAAAUAAGGGAUGGCAAUAAAUAAAGGGCUGCAAGAAGACCACAGACAUGUCAUCAGGUUUGAAGGACCAUGUGCCUCAAUGACCCUGAGUUCUAUGUUGUCUGGAGUCAGGGCCUUCUGCUUUAGCUCUUGGUAGUAUCAGCCAUACCGAACAGGUAAAUAAGUAGAGGCCAGGCGAAGAGAUGUCCAUGGGUCCUGCCCGUUCAGGGUUUCAGUUUAGCAAUAAAAAUUCAGACUGGUAAAUCAAAACUGGUCUGGAAACGCAAUAAAGAAUAAUUCUACAUCUGAGUGUAACUGUUUUCCUGAGUCUCCACAUGAAAUGCAUACUAGACAGUAGAGAAAGCUAAGUGGAAGUACUGACAUGAUGAAGGAAGCCCUGGACACAACCAGAGAGGAAGACCUUUAUUGCUGCCAAAAACACCGGUAGUGUAAUGGGCAGAAAAUAUAAAUAGAACAGUUGCAUUUGACUUUCAGCAUUGUUCGUUUUCGAAUUAUGAUAACUCAGAACUUGUAGUAGGAUGCAGAAAAUUUAAUUCCUUUACUGCACAGAAGAAAGAGACAUCUGGAGUUUACUCCAAUGUCGUGGUGAACAUCCUCUUAUCAUCAGUCGUGUGCUCUGAAUCAUGCACCAGGAAAUGCUGCUUGAUAUUUGCCACACACCCAUACUCCUUGCAGAAAUAAAAAUAUUAUUUCUGGAGCUGUAUUUCCUCAGUGUCAGCUUGGCUUACAAUUGAGACUAGAUACAACUAUUGUAUUAUACAAUAUUAAUUAAAGUUCAUAAUGUGUUCCUUUGUUGCCUUUACAUAGAUCUAGUUUUAUCAAGAGAACAGAAAUAUUCCCCGAUAUGUGACACAGCAGACUCUGCUUAGCUAAUAUUAUAGACUGAUUACUUUUGUUGAAAGUUAUCAAUAUACGUUAUCAAAUGACAAUUUUAAUUAAAUUACAAAGCACUUCAACAGGACUGACGAUUUGGUAUUCACUUAAUGAGUGACAUGUCAACAGAAACAUUGAGAAAGUUUGUAGUAUGAUACCAAAGCAAAACGGAUUAUUGUGUAAUGUGGGCAUUGAUUACAAAUUGAUUGGAACUCAUUGUCCUGUAAUUCUGUUUGAGGCAUCAUGGUCGUGAAAUUAUGGAAUUCUUUGCCACAUGCAGUGUGGAGGCCCAAUAAUUGAGGGUGUUUAAGGAGGAGAUUGAUGAGAAUCUAAUUAGUCAGGGUAUCAAGGAAUAUGGGGAAAAAGUCGGAAAUUGGAGAUGGGAGAAUACUUAAGCUCAUGGUGAAGUGGCGGAGCGGACUCAAGGGGCCGAAUGGCCUACUUCUGCUCCUUUACCUUGUCUUGUCUUGACAUGUGAAUUAUUAAUAUAGUAAAUGAAUAGACUAAACUCAGAAACAGUGCUUAGCUGAUAACGAAUUAAUGUUGUCACGAAUAAAAUGACUUUGAAUCACUGAUUACUUCCACUUGGCAUAAUUUAUUAUUAUUUAAUUAUUUAUGGUUUUAUAUUUCUAUAUUUCUACGUGGGAUUUUCCGCCGGCUUUCACUAUUACGCUGUUACAGGAGUUCUAGCCUUUCUUCUGGUGCGUCUCAAGGAGCUGUUCCCCAGACCCUCUUUUAUCCCCACUCAUAGGGUCUCAGAUGUCACUCAGGGUGGAAUGAUGCCAUCCCCUAACCUGCCCACAUUGCCUGAGGGCUUCCAUGAAGCAGAGUACUCAAUACACAAUUCCGCCUCCAAGAAACAAUGACCUUUUCCGUGGCGUUGUAUCGCUGGGGGCCAGGACAUU